AUGUCACAGCUGUCAGAAGACGCUACAAACAAUGCUGGACGGAAGCAGAAUGGAAUACAAAUCCAUCCAUCAAGCGUAUGGACUCCUCCAGUCAGUGAGGCUGGACGAGGAUCUGCCAACAUCACCAAUACCUACUAUGCUAACUCUGAACCAGUACUUCAACCAUCAAUCGAUUAUUCGGAAAGCCAGUUUCCAAUGCCACCUUUGCUUUCCUCAUCGACUUCCACUGAAGAAUUCCAGGGAACUAAGCUGUCGCAUCAGUUCCUCUUCACGUCUCACCUUCCCCCCUUGGACCCAAUGCGGUACCUGCCGCCGCCGCCGCCACUCCCACCUCUUCCUCCGACUCAUACUUUCCCGGACUGUCCCAGCCCUCGUGGCUUCCUAAACCUGCCGAACCCUCCUGAUCUGAAUUUAAGUAGCAUCGGUUAUCCAUGUCCACCUCCACCCCCAACUCAAAGCAACGGAACCGACCCCAGUGCAGCUGCUAGUGAUGAUGGCGAUUACGUCGGAGAUGGCGAUAGCAAUUCCGGUGACGGAAAAUCAAGAAAGAAGAGAAAACCUUACACAAGGUAUCAAACAAUGCUCCUGGAGAAUGAAUUCCUUAACAAUGCCUACAUCACUAGGCAAAAGCGAUGGGAGAUCUCGUGUAAACUGCAUCUAACUGAACGGCAGUUAACUCAACUGAAAGAGUGGCGAAUUCCACUCGAGGCCCCCCCAGUCCCUAGCCCCAUAUUCUCGCGUGCCCACAAAGUCGUCAGCUGUUACUUCGGGUAUCAGUUCAUUAAACACCUGUUUUCGUCCGCUGCACCGCCCCCCCCUCUCUCCUCAUGCGAGAUUCACCACGAGGCCCUUACAUUGCUCAAUGAAUGGGGGUUAAUCAGGGUGAAAGUGUGGUUCCAAAACCGUCGGAUGAAGAAAAAGAAGAUUCAGUCCCGUGUCUCCGGUUCUUCCACUUCAACAGCAUUAGCAGACAGUGGAAAGUCCUCCCAUCCUGAAGACAGCGAAGACGAAGGUGAAUGUACAGACCAAUCAGCCCACCAUCACCUCCCUACCCACGUCUCUGCUGAGCCUCCGCAGUCACCAGCCGAGCAGCCGCCACCAAUCAGCUACCCAACGCCUCUUUCAUCUAAACCAGGCGAGUUCUACUUUCCUCGUGGAUAUGUCCCACGUCCCUCGCCGGCUCCAUCAUCCGCUACCUCCUUUGGAAUGCACCCAAAUCCCGUUGAGAUGUUCCGGGACAUCAACACAGGAUACCCAACAUCCACACCCGAUCUCUACCAUCUUCCUUCCAGUCAUUUCCUGCCCCCGACUUCACAGCACGGCUGGUUUAAUCAGGAGACGAAUGUGGGCAGCGAAAACAGUAGUCCCUCGAUGGCCGGUCUGCUAGGUGGCGCAAGUGAUCCGGGGAGCUGUUUGUCACAGCUCGGAAGUCCGCCAAAACCCAUGAUCGACGGACUGGGGAGGUACGCCGCGGCUGUAUCGAAUUUCUUCAAUUCGGGAGACAAUGCGGCUGAGUCAGCACCAAGUGCUUACCCGGUGAACUCGUUAAGUGCAUACCUUACGCAGGGCGGGUAUCCUCCGUCAUCGUUUUACGAUCCCGGUCAAGCAGCUCCGCAGGCAAACAAUGGCUAUUCGCACCAUUUCCCCCUUGUGCCAUCGACGUUGGGAGGCGACGGGGAGACACAAUUCGGGUAUGACACAUACACCUCUGCAUUUGCGCCACCGGUACAAGCAAGUGCUCAAAACAAUGGAAUUGCCUCUUUUUCCUCCGCAUCCGCUGGGGAACCAAGUGUAAAGAUUGCGUGA